AUGAACCACAGCGAACACAAGCAAUUGAGCAUGGCCAAAAUGUGGUAAUACCCGAAGCUGUGCCAUAGCAGCAUGUCUGGUUGGAGAUAGACUUGGGCAAGCAUUAUCAGAAUGCCAACUAACCAUGAGAACGCGCAUAGGGAGACCACGACGGUGCUGGUAGUGUUUAUCGCCCUGUGUGCGGGCCAGAAAUCCACUGUCCAAAACACGCCCCCGAAGAAAGAAAAACGAUUGGGAAAAUAUCCAGCCAAAGUCUAUGAUCUCUACCACAAUCAAAUAGAAAAGAAACCUAAAGGUUUCGGCGAAUGGUCCUCGUGGAGUCCUUGGAGUCCUUGCUCGAGGUCGUGUGGAGGUGGUGUAACACAACAAAUAAGACAUUGUAUUAACCGACCUGCGGAUUCCAGAUUCGUUAAGAAGCAGAGACGCAGAAGGCAGAAUUGGAAAUCCACUAAUGGAUGCGUUGGCUUGUACAAGAGGAUACAUCUGUGUAACGCGCAGGACUGCGCGGGAGAUCAGGAUUUUCGAUACGAACAGUGUGCCGCAUACAAUAAUCGACCUUUCAAAGGAAAACUGUACUAUUGGGAACCAUUUUAUAGAGCUCAAACAGAAUGCACCCUUAAUUGUCGUCCGAGAGGGUUAAACUUCUACGCCACCCUUAACAAAACAGUCAUAGAUGGGACCCCUUGUUAUCAUCCGGUCACAUCCACAGGAAAAGCAGCCCACAAGGGCACUAGAGGGCUGUGCAUCGACGGAUAUUGUAAGAGUGUAAAUGCCCAGGGAGUGGUUGGUGGUAGUGACGAGAAUAUUCAAGAAGUAUGCCAUUCCUGUCUCAGAGGAGCUUGUAGAGGCAUCAACGGUAUCUACACUCGUCCAGAUCUACCGCCAGGGUACUCAUUGGUAGCCCAGGUUCCAGCAGGUGCUUGUGGAUUACACGUCCAACAACUCAAACAUACCAGAAAUUUAAUAGCUUUAAAAGUGUCUAAUGGGUCUUACAUCCUCAACGGAGAUUGGAAAUUUAGUCCCAGCAAGUCGUUUGAAGUUGCAGGGACGAGAUUUUCUUAUAUAAGCCAGGAUGGGACAUCUUUGGAGACAGUAACAGCACCAGGACCCUUACCGUUUCCAGUUGAUAUAAUGAUUGUUACAUACCAAGCUAACCCUGGCAUCAAAUACGGAUAUUCCGUACCAGUUGAAGGACCAGCGAUAGCUCCGCCUCUUCUACGUCGACCAAGUCCUUCCGAACAACCAACUUUGGAUACUAGAAGACUGGACAUCGCUCCACCUAGCGUGGCUUUCAACAAUCAGAGAGAUGACCCCAAACCAGUCACUAUUCAUCCUGGUCACAGAAGAACUAGGAUCAGAAGGAAGUACUUCCAUUGGAAGGUGACAGGAUUGACGCCUUGUACCAAGUCUUGCGUACCAAAAUUAUAUUGGACUUGCUACAGAACGGUUACUGCAACUCAUCAAAUCCCAGUCAAUGAAAAACGAUGUGCUCAUUUAGACCCACCAGCUUUGGCUCCCAUUUCUUGUAACGUUGAGCCAUGUAUCAAAGCUUCCUGGGAUGGAUUUUGGGGCCAGUGUUCCGUUUCAUGUGGAGAAGGAGUCCAACAAUUUAUUCCACAGUGUAAAAGUGAAUUCAACGGAAAAAUAAUUGUGGUUAGUGAAGCCCAGUGUCCCAAACCUAAACCCAGCUUAGAAUCCCGGGCUUGUCAAGAAAGAGAAUGCGAAUAUUUCAAGGGACUCCAGGACAAUGAGUUACCACAAUCUAUCGACAAUCAAGUAGCCAAGAAAGUUGAUUGGACAGUAGGUCCAUGGUCACAAUGUUCAGCUUCGUGUGGUACUGGUCAUCGAGGUCGAACUGUGACAUGUCCAUCUGGACAGUGUCAUCCAGAAGACAGGCCUAUCCACGCAGAGUACUGUAACCAGGAACCUUGCGGUAAUAAAAGGGCAGUGGAUGUCGUCCAAUCUCAGUCGAGGAUAUCAACAAUAAGUUCUUCCAGUUUAUCUAGUCAAAGCAGUGCUGUAAGUCCGUGGUUGGUCACCGAAUGGUCUCACUGUUCAGAACAAUGUGGUAGGUUUGGACGUUUUAUCAGUUUUAACUAA